CUCGUCCAUCAGUCGCUCUGAGGCCGUUGUGGAGAGAGGAUUGUUCUUGUUGCGUCUGUGCGUUUAACGUUUCGUGUUUGCUUUCACGUUGCGUAUGUCAGUUUCGUUCAAUUUUCUUUUUGUUCUUUCGGCUUUUUAUUGCCAAACGUGCUGUAUCGGUGUCAAAAAGUUUUCUCGCGUAUUAACGGAAAGACGUGUGCGUGCUAGUGUUGGUAAACUUAACCUCAAAGUGGCGGCGAGUUACUGUUUAGGUCGUAAACAACCGAGUGCAGUGUCUUUGUGUGAUGGUGUUUCCACAUUGAGGAUGUGAAGUCGUGGAUAGGAAGAAAGGAAAAAUAGUUUCUCUUCUUUCGUUUAAUCCGAUGGAAAAAGAAGCUUUCUCCGAUUAUUCUUAACGCGUUUCUCGCUCUGUUUUACCGACCGUAUAAAGGGCACGCCACGCUCUCCGUGCGGGAUUCUUCGUGGCGUCGGCGACACGUUUAACCUCGAUGAACGUAGAAGGCGGUCGAAAUAAAUGGUGACACGAGUAGUUAUCAUUGUGAUAUCGUGAAGUUUCAAAUUACGGAUGAGAAUGCGGUAGUGGUGGAUGGCAAAUACACCGAUGGAUCAUCGUCGUGUAUCCGAGGCGGGGACCUUCUUAAUCGAAUCACAUCGACAGAACCGCGAACAGAAUCGUCCUAAAGGUCGCUUGUCCUCGUAGCGCACGCGGGCGAUUUGAAUCGUGGUGUUUUUUAGUUUAUCGUUGUUGUUGUUAUUUGUUAUCAUUGGUGUUCCGCGUGACAUGAAGCAUACGUGAUCCGAGGACACGGUGUUUGUAUUUUUUACUGUUUUGAAACCAGAGAGAAAAAAAUGUAUCCUAGUGCUGGAAUCAACGCUGCUGCUGUAGCUGCUGCCGCUGCUGCUAGGCAUCCGGGUCCGCCGCAACCAGGUCAACAAUAUAAAUUCUCGAUCGGCGAGCUCUGCGAUCGUAUCAAGGAGGAUUUCAACUUUCUUCAGACGCAAUAUCACAGUAUUAAAUUGGAGUUAGAGAAGCUCGCCCAAGAGAAGACUGAGAUGCAGCGUCACUACGUUAUGUAUUACGAGAUGUCCUACGGGCUGAACGUGGAAAUGCAUAAACAGACAGAGAUAGCGAAGAGGUUAAACGCCAUAAUUGCUCAGAUCCUGCCAUUUCUCUCGCAGGAACACCAACAACAAGUCGCUACUGCUGUUGACAGAGCCAAACAAGUGACCAUGACCGAGCUCAACGCCAUUAUCGGGCAACAAAGGCCAGACCUGCCAAGGCUUCUUCAGCAGGUGCACGCCCAACAACUACCACCUGGCGCCGCGAUGGGCCCGCAUCCAGGUAUACCUGGCCUUCCCGGGCUCGGCCCUGGCGCUGGUCUUCCCGUUCCUACGUCAGCCUCCGCAGCACUUCUCGGAUUAGGUAUUCCGCCGGGUGCCGCAGCAACCGCUGGUGGCACAGCUGCUCAUCCCCUUUCCAUGCUGACCAAGCCGGACAUCCAUCGUCAAGCGGACGAUUUAAAGCACAACGGAGGUCUUAAUCCGGCCGAGGAGAGGCAUAGAAGUUCGAUAUCACCCGCGGAACGCGAAAAGUAUAGCAGGCCGCGGUCCACCGACCCCCAACACCACGACCACCUUCCACUGAAGAAGAUGAAGAAGGAGCAGGACAAGGAUAUAGGCCAUCAAAGCGAUGGUGAAAAGAGCGACCAGGACUUGGUGGUUGACGACGCGAGCGAGGGGCCGACGAGUCCUACGGCGAAUGGCACAGCGUCGCCAAGAGAGAACGGGCUCGACAAACUCGGCCCUUCCUCGGUGCCUUUAUCCAGCCAAGUGAAGAAAGAAGUUCCGCCACCAUCGCCGAGAAGCGGCACAAGCAGCAACGCAAGCACACCCUCGGCUAAGAAGAUGGAAGAACGAGAGAAACCGACGACGCCUAUCUCGAAACCCGUCACGCCCACAUCAGCCGGUGGUAGCAGCUCCGGGUCCGGUGGUCUGAAACCAUCGAGUUCCAGCAAACCACUGGUCUCGGCUUCGGCGGUCGGCCCUUAUCCGCCACACUAUCCGCCGCCACAUCAUCCACCCGCAGGACCUCAUGUGGACGUGCUGGGUUAUCCCCCAGCCUUGAAUGGAUAUCCCGCAAGACCGCCUCUUCAGCAACUCUACGAUCCUCACGGAAGCAUGAGGGCUCCUCUCGGACCUCUCGGUGUACCCGGUGGCAAACCCGCGUACAGCUUCCACGUGUCGAGCGAGGGUCAGAUGCAGCCUGUCCCAUUCCCUCACGACGCUCUAAUUGGACAAGGAAUACCGCGUCACGCACGCCAGAUAAAUACCCUGACACACGGGGAGGUGGUGUGCGCGGUGACGAUCUCGAAUCCGACUAAAUACGUUUACACCGGUGGCAAAGGAUGCGUCAAGGUCUGGGACAUCAAUCAGGGCGGGAGCGGUAGCGCGAAACACGUUUCGCAGCUUGAUUGCUUACAACGAGACAACUACAUCAGAUCGGUGAAAUUAUUACCAGAUGGGAGAACCUUAAUCGUAGGCGGUGAAGCGAGCAACCUCAGCAUUUGGGACUUGGCGAGUCCAACGCCAAGGAUCAAAGCGGAAUUGACCUCGAACGCGCCAGCUUGUUACGCUUUGGCCAUCUCCCCCGACUCGAAAGUCUGCUUCAGCUGCUGCAGCGACGGGAACAUCGCCGUCUGGGAUAUACAGAAUCAAUCUCUGCUGAGACAAUUCCAAGGUCACACGGACGGCGCCUCCUGCAUCGACAUUUCUGCGGACGGAUCGAAAUUGUGGACCGGCGGAUUGGACAAUACGGUCCGCUCGUGGGAUCUGAGGGAAGGAAGACAAUUGCAACAGCACGACUUCACCUCUCAGAUAUUCUCACUCGGCUACUGCCCUACCGGCGAGUGGCUGGCGGUGGGAAUGGAGAACUCGAACGUCGAAGUGUUGCACGCUACGAAACCGGACAAAUAUCAGCUCCAUUUACACGAGUCUUGUGUACUUUCGUUACGUUUCGCCACCUGUGGCAAAUGGUUCGUCUCAACUGGCAAAGAUAAUCUGCUCAACGCGUGGCGCACGCCAUACGGCGCCUCCAUAUUCCAGUCAAAGGAAUCUUCGUCGGUGCUCAGUUGCGAUAUUUCUACAGACGACAAGUAUAUUGUGACUGGAUCAGGUGAUAAGAAAGCUACAGUGUACGAAGUGAUAUACUGAACGGUUACAUGAUCGAUGCGUUAUCGAGACACUGGAACACAUCGUCGAGUGUACUACGCUUUUACAUUAGUUCGUAUGAGAGACAAGAGGGUUCUGUUCCAAGAAUACGCAUCAAAGAUUAAAUUGAAACUCUAACAAAGUAUGUCGAGGAGGGGAACUUUUGUGAAACGAGUAAUAUAUAUAUAUAUAUAUAUAUAAAUAUAUACAUACAUACAUAUAUAUAUAUACAUAUAUAUAUACAUAUAUAUAUAGCGUUAGCGUGUGUUAUAUUUGUUAAAUUUGAAUCACGCGCAGGCGGCUCUCGUAUUGCACGCGAAAAAGAAAAGGAGCAGAAAUGAAGAAACUGCGAACUGAAGUUAUAAUAUAUAUAUAUAAAUAUAUAUAAAUAUAUAUAUAUAUAUAUAUAUAAGAUGACAGAACAUUUUAGUUAUUUAAGAUUGUAUAAAACAUAUGGUUAUAAAUAGGCCAAGAGGACGAUUAUGAAUGAGACUAUACGUGAUAACGUAUAUACAUUCGCUCGGAUAAUUAUGUGAUCCGCGAUUGUGUUCGACUUCUUUGACGGGAAGUCGCUUGUGUAAUAUGUUACUAAUGUAAUAUAGAGUUUUACGACAAAAACUAUUCAUUACGUGCGAUUGUGAGAGAGAUGCAAGGCGAAAUAUUAUUUUCACCGCGCGUGAUGUCCUCGUGCUUUACUAUAUAUGAUCGACGAAAGAACGAAUUGAGAUGUUUGAGAGAGAGAGAGAGAGAGAUUGUAUGUACGUACACGAUCCAACAUGUAGACCUGUCGAAGUAGAAAUGUGUGUGUCGUGUUGCAAAAUUCUACGUAAUGUAAUCGAACACACAACAUAUAGAAGCAAGAACGUUUUAAUUCGAGGAUAGUGAAAAAAUGUAGGUCUAUGUCGAACCGAUGUAAUUUUGAUCGUGCUAAGAUUGUGUAAAGGAAAAUAGGGUUUUUUUUCGUGUGACCCUCGAAUAUUUCCAUUACCAGAGAGAGUAUAAAAGAAAGAGAGUGAGAGAGAGAGAGAGAGAGAGAGAAAAGAUUAAAAAAAAAAAAAGAAAAAAAAAGUAACUCAUAUUCCGAAAAUUUGUACUCGUAUAGAAGUUUCAGUUACGAAUCUUUUUUUUUUCGUUUUUUCGUUGCUAUUCUGUAUGUCGGUACUGCAGCUACCACUCGUAACUAUAUGUUCUGCGGUAACUGUGAGAAAUUGUGAAAGGCACGAAAAAGAAGGCUGAGGUAGGAGAACAAUAGGUAUGGAUAUGAUGAUGAUCUCUCGACUAAUUUUUUGUAGCGAAAGAAAACGGAGCGCUUAGAGAGCAGACGAAAAGAGAUUUGAAGAUUUUUUUUCUGACGCACCGUAAUUGGUAUCGCCAAAAGAAACAUCCUUUACGAGGCACAAGUUUAUCGUACAUCGUAUCUUGUUCGUGGCCGAUCCGGAACGAGGAUCGAUAUAUAUUUAACGAGAUGAAUCAAUCUAUUUAUAUUUUACAAUUGAAAAUUUUAUUAUACGAUGAAUCGAAAUGAAAUGAAUCAUUGUGUACACGUUCGAGCGACGAACUAAAUACUAAAUAUGAGAUGUAUUUAUGAUGAUCUAUUUUUAUCUUAUAUUAUUAUUUGAUUCACGAUGAAUUUGAAUCUCCGAUCUGACAAUGUUGCGGACUAUAUGCGAUGUACUUUUUACGUAUUGUACCAUUCGCGAGGAAACGCUAGUUUCACACUGUAUCCCACACGUGACGAAAUUAAAAUUCUAUCCAAUGAGGAAAUCGAUCCAAGUAUUGAAACCUGAAUUGUAGAGAAGCUUAUACGAUUGCGUUACCGUUACUGCCACAUCAACGAGGCAUCAACGCUAUUAUUCCACGAAUAGAAACACACGGGCCAUUUACGCUCCCAAGCACGUUUAUUCAGCGAGAUACUCGUGCGAAAAAUAUUUUUGUGACGGUCCCUUAGGUUUAAUUUGUUAGCGACUUGAUCGAUGCGAGACACACGUACCUUGCGAUUGAAUUUAUAUAUCUUGAACAAAAAGAUAAAUUUGCGCCAAGUACACGCGGUUAACGAUUUCUUCGAUGCCUGCCAGGCAUGUGAAAUUAAUAGGGUAUAUAUAGGUUAUUAUUCGCGUUAUUAUUCGGAUUUUAAAAUGGUAAAAGCAGGGGAUGCAUAAUGGAGAUUUAUAUUUUGUUACAGGAAGACAACCACACGUUUUACAUUUGCUGUGAUCGUCGUAGAAUCGACGCUGUAUACUGCCGAAUCAAUGUAGAAAAAAAAAGUAUAAAAAAAAAAAAAAAUAUUUAAAAAAAGGAAUAAGAAGAAAAAAAAUCUAAUACGAAUUACAUGUCGCGAUAGAGAGACAAAAUAGAAAAUAGGAAAAUAAAGAUGGAAGAAAAUAUGCGAGAAAACAGAUAGAUUUUCGACGAGCACAGCUCCGAUGAUAGACCAAUAGAAACAACGAUACCUCAAGAAGACUCAAUAGUUAAUUAUCUCUUUAACGAUUAACUUGUACAGAAUCGAUAUUCUUUUACAGUAAAUAAUUACGCAUACCCGCAUACAAUUGCAUACACGCAUACACACAGAUGCAGGUUAGGAAGAACAGAGCGAAAUCGUGAUUCAACAUUCGCUAUAUAAAGUAAAAAACAAAUUUUCUGCCCCACGUUUCAUUGAAUUGUGUCUCCGCGCUCGCAAUUUGCACUCCGUGUGUACGAAAGCGAUUAGAAAUAUGCGUUUCCAGCCAGAACAAGAAGUGAAAAAAGAAAAAGCAAAAGACAAGUGUUAAUCCUUUCCAAGCACAGUUCAUGUUGUUCCUAUAGCUACGCGAAAAUUGUUUCUUUCGACAAUUAAAUCAUCUAUAUCUAUAUA